ACCAGGAGGUAUUCAAACUUGGGAAUCUCCUCCUACUCUGAGACAAUACCAGAUCCUGGACCAACCGACACCAUGGUCAACUCCUGCUGUGGAUCCGUCUGCUCCGACCUGAGCUGCGGAAGAGGCUGCUGCCAACAGACCUGUUGUGAGCCCAGCUGCUGCAGCAGCCCUUGCUGUCCCCCGAUGUGCUGCCAGACCACCUGCUGCAGAACCACCUGCUGCCGCCCAACAUGCUGUGCAACCAGCUGCUGUCGCCCAACCUGCUGCAGACCUACUUGCUGCCAGUCGGUCUGCUGCCAGCCCACUUGCUGCCGUCCAGUCUGCAGUGUUGCCAGCUGCUGCAGGCCCUGCUGCCCCCAACCUUGCUGUGUGUUUACCUGUUGCAGGCCCUGCUGCCCCCGCCCAUGCUGUGUGUCCAGCUGCUGCAGACCCUGCUGCCCCCAACCAUGCUGUGUGUCUAGCUGCUGCCAGCCUUGCUGCCUCCCCACAUGCUACCAAACCACUUGCUGCUGCCCAACCUGCUGUGUGCCCAGCUGCUGCCAGCCUUGCUGCCGCCCAGCUUGCUGCCAAACCACUUGCUGCAGAACCACCUGCUGCCGCCCUACCUGCUGUUCAGCAUCUUGUUGUUGA